AACGUUGCACUCUGAAACGAAGCCCCCCCACGCAAUAGCAACGACACGGACGGAAUAAUUGUAUUUCCUAAAUGUGAAGAAACCAACAAGGCUCCUAACAGAUUAGGCUCCUUCGUUUACCGGAGAGGACAUGCUCUGUGUCCCAGAGCGGCUACGGUUUGGAGGUUCCAGGAUGUCUCAGAAGAUCAAGGCAGGGUCGGUGGUGGAGAUGCAGGGGGAUGAGAUGACCAGAGUCAUCUGGGAGCUCAUUAAAGAAAAGCUCAUCUUCCCCUACCUGGAGAUGGACCUGCACAGCUACGACCUAGGCAUGGAGAACCGCGACGCCACGGACGACAAGGUGACCGUUGAGGCGGCAGAGGCGACGCGACGAUACAACGUGGGCAUUAAGUGUGCCACCAUCACGCCGGACGAGAACCGGGUGAAGGAGUUCAAGUUGAAGCAGAUGUGGCGCUCACCCAACGGAACCAUCCGUAACAUCCUGGGAGGCACCGUGUUCAGGGAGGCCAUCAUCUGUAAGAACAUCCCUCGCCUGGUGCCCGGCUGGGUCAAACCCAUCAUCAUCGGCAGGCACGCCCAUGGAGACCAGUACAAAGCCACAGACUUUGUAGUCCCGGGGCCUGGGAGAUUGGAGAUGAAAUUCACACCCAAGACUGGGGAGCCAAUGAACUUUGUCGUCCAUGACUUUGAAGGUUCAGGUGGUGUGGCUCUGGGGAUGUACAACACAGACAGCUCCAUCAGGGACUUUGCCCACAGCUCCUUCCAGAUGGGCCUGGUUAAAGGCUGGCCUUUGUACCUCAGCACCAAGAACACCAUCCUCAAGAAGUACGACGGACGCUUCAAAGAUAUCUUUCAGGAGAUCUACGAGAAGGAGUACCGCUCUAAGUUUGAGCAGAAGGGGAUCUGGUAUGAGCAUCGUCUGAUUGAUGACAUGGUGGCUCAGGCCAUGAAGUCUGAUGGAGGAUUCAUCUGGGCCUGCAAGAAUUAUGACGGAGACGUUCAGUCUGACUCUGUAGCACAAGGCUAUGGGUCCCUGGGUAUGAUGACCAGUGUGCUCAUCUGUCCUGACGGUCGUACAGUGGAGUCAGAGGCUGCCCACGGCACAGUUACACGCCACUACAGACAGCACCAGCAGGGCAAGGAGACCUCCACCAACCCCAUUGCGUCCAUCUUUGCGUGGUCGCGGGGGCUGCUGCACCGGGCGAAGCUGGAUGACAACGCAGAGCUGCGUGUGUUUGCUGAGGCCCUGGAGGUUGUCUGCAUUGAGACAAUCGAGGCUGGUUUCAUGACCAAGGAUCUGGCUAUCUGUGUCAAAGGCAUGGCAGAUACCAAACGCUCAGACUACCUGAACACCUUUGAAUUCUUGGAUAAGCUGUCAGAGAACCUGAAGAUCAAGAUGUCCAACCAACCCAAACUGUGAUCUCCUCAUCUCCCAAUCACACACACUGUUGAUACCCGGACUAUGGGCCCCAAGCCAAUACUGAACCACUGACUGAUGAUUGUCAUGAUUUAAGAAAUCUGCGAGUUAAGUGUGAGUAUCCAAGUUAGGAUUCCGCCAAGUAGGAUCUUAUGACUGUCAAUACCAUCACAUACAGAGGGCUCCAGAAAUCAGACUGGACACAGAAAGAGUCAGUGAUAUAUUUUGCGAUAAUUGCACGAUGGUUUUUUUAAUGAUGAUGUGUGUGUUUUUAAGUGUUGUCUGUCAGUGAUCAGUACUAGGGGAUUGUCCUGCCGGAGUUUGUCCGAGGGUGGUCUUAACCUUGUUGCCUUAUUUGUUUUAUGUCAAGUAAUCGAUCUCAGUCUGUCACACAUAAUAUAUUCCAUGACAACCACCGUAGUAGACAAAAGCCUGCUUGAUUUUUGAUUAUGUUGACGGUGUCUUUGAUUCACAUAAAGGUAUUAGCAUCACUUACUCCUUAUGGAUGGUUGUGGAAGGGGUUGUUGUGAGCCUGCUGGUUGUCUUUGUGUGUAUAAUCCAUAGCUUAACACUUUACCCCUCAAAUACAGAAACCAGUGUCAAUGUACAUCUGCCAGUAAGCACAUAGUAUCAGGGGUUGUAGGUUUGUACUCAACGGUGUGUGUGGUUAGAAUAUCAACUCAAUAAAUGUUUUUAUUUUAA